AUGGGCUGCUUCGCGUCCAAAGAUGAGCAACCACCAAAAGGUGGCAAGAAAGGAGGGAAGAAAAGCGGAGCCAAGGAAGGCACAUCUGGCAACAUCGUUGUCAUAGACAACCGUGGCGGCAAAAUACAAGAGAGCUAUGACGUGGACAAGAAGAAGAUCGGUGAAGGGUCCUACGGAACUGUCUGCGUCUGCGUCAACAAGGCGACGAAGCAGAAACGGGCUGUGAAAGCUCUUAGCAAGACACAGAUGAAGAACAUCGAGAAGUUCAAGGAAGAGAUCCGGAUCAUGACGAUCAUGGACCACCCGAACAUCAUCAAGCUCUACGAAACGUUCGAGGACAAGGUCAAAGUCUACCUCGUGAUGGAGCUCUGCACCGGCGGGGAGCUCUUCGACCGUAUCAUUGAGCUGGGCCACUUUACGGAGGCCUCCCCGCAUGCGUCCUUUCGGUUCAACUUGGCUUUAAGGUUUCGCGGGGGUUCUCCAGAGCAGUCGGGGUUCACGGUUUAUAGCUUAUUGUAG